CUCCUCUCCUCGUGUGUUGAUCCUAAGACGUCAUAAGUAAGCGACGACUCUGUCCGAACGUUCCGGUUGCUAUGCUAACGACUGACAGACGAAGGAGUUUGGACUUGCCCAGCGGUGUGUGGCAGUUGUGAGAGCACAGAGGGAUCUGAGUGAAAGGCUGAAAGAUGGUCUGAUGGACCGCCGCUUCUUCCUGACCCUCCUCUUCUGCUCUGUGUCGUGGAUCUUGUUCUGGGAAGUACGGUGGAAGAAAAGAAAAGAAGGUCAAAUUGAGGAAUGGCUCCAAGUACAUAGCCUUUCUCAAUACAGUCACUUAUUUGAAGAUGUGCAGACACUGGAGGAACUGAGUCUGAGCGCGCUGAGUCGUUUGGAGGAAGUGGUGAAAGAGCAGCAGCACUGGAGGGAAAUUGCAGAAGCUCAUAUCAAGCUGCUUCGAGACUUUGCCUUCCAGGAGUGGCUUAGCUCACAGAACCUAGAGCACUACCACCAAAUACUGAAAACCUUGGGUUGUAUGAAUCUGGAUGACCUGUCUCGAUUCGACAGUCAGCUGCAGCUGUCUUUAGCUGCCUGGGGUUACUACUACGACGACUACAUAAAGCUGUCCACAGGCAUCAGGAUUCUGCAGACCUCUAGAGGGAGUCGAGACCAGGACUACGAGAUCCGGCUGGUGCGCAGCCUUGCUGAGAGGCGCUUGAAUGAGAAGUGGUCAACUGCGGGAGCUCUCCUUUUUGGCUGUACUGUGGCACUGUGCUUUUUGAUAAGGGACCUCAUGUUUUACGUGAUUGGUGGAAUUACUGUUUCCAUCAUAGCGUUUUUCUUUACCAUCAAGUUCCUCUGUGAGCUCGCAGCUAGGGUCGUUAGCUUCCUACAGAAUGAGGAUCCUGGAAGAAGAGGCGACCGCAGCAUCUAUGACUAUGUCCGCGGCAACUACCUGGACCCUCGUUCCUGUAAGGUGUCGUGGGACUGGAAGGAACCACAGGAAGUCGGACAGACGAUGACCUUUAGAGUUCAGCUUUUUUACAAAAAUGGUCAACCUUUCCCUGCACAUCGGCCUGUGGGUCUGAGGGUGAACAUCACCCACAUCGAACUGGCUGUGGACAUCCCGGUCACCCAGGAGGUUCUGCAAGAGCCGGAGUCCAACGUUGUGAAAGUGGCCUUCACAGUGCGCAAAGCUGGACGCUACGAGGUUGCUGUAAAGCUGGGUGGCCUCAAUGUGGCCUACAGUCCUUAUUACAAGAUAUUCCAACCAGGUACAGUUGUUCCAUCUAAAACCAAGAUAGCCUACCAUUUCUCCACCCUGGUGCUAACAAAUGGCCAGCAGCACACUUUGCAAAUUGAACCCAGGGACGAGUAUGGAAACCCCACCAGUAACUCCACGUCUCUUACAGACGAAGAAAACUACAGUGUCCAUAUUCACUCUGUUGGUACUGUGGACGAUGACAGCUCAGAUGAUUUCUACAGUAAGUCAGUUUCACUCAACAAGCAGCAGUGCCAGGUUUUGCUGAGACUCACCCUGAGGAAGACGGGUUGUUUCAGAGCUCGGAUAUCUUACAAGGAUCAGCCGCUCAGCAACGGGGAGUUUGACAUAAUUGUUCUCAGUGAGAAUGAGAAGUCCUGCGUGGAGAAAAACGUGUCCACUCCAGGGAUUAGCAUCUACUUUGAGGCGUAUCUUUACACCAAUGGCAACUACAGCAGUUCAUCGUGGCAGUUACCAGCCUCCGCUCUGCUAGCUCCUCAGAGGAGGCCCUCUAUGGGCGAGGAGGAUGAGGAGCAUGACUCUCCUGUGGAGGGACAACCAGAGAAGGUGAAGAAACCAAAAAAAGUCUACUGCUACAUAUCGCCAAAGCAACUAUCUGUAAAGGAGUUCUACCUGAAAAUUAUUCCAUGGCGCCUUUUCACCUUUCGAGUAUGUCCAGGAACCAAGUUUACCUAUCAUCCUCCAGACCCAGUUCAUAAGUAUUUAACUCUUGUGGUGGACGACGGGAUACAACCUCCUGUGGAGCUCAGCUGUAAAGACAGGAACAUCAUGGCUGCCACCUUCACUCGCUUCCUGCACAAAAACAUUGGCGGCUCUGAGACCUUUCAAGAUAAGGUAAACUUCUUUCAACGUGAACUCAGGCACAUUCAUUCCAAGAAACCUCGCACCAAAACCUGCCUAAAAAUCGCUCGACAUGCUAUUCUCGAGACAUCGUUAAAGGUUACAAGGAACUUCUCUGUGUCAGACUGGAGUAAAAACUUUGAAGUUGUGUUUCAGGAUGAGGAAGCUCUUGAUUGGGGUGGGCCUCGCAGGGAGUGGUUUGAGUUGAUUUGUAAGGCCCUCUUUGACACAUCCAACCAGCUGUUUACUCGUUUCAGUGAAAAUAACCAGGGCCUUGUGCACCCAAAUGCUGACAGGCCGGCUCACUUACGCCUGAAGAUGUACGAGUUUGCUGGUCGAGUAGUCGGAAAAUGUUUGUAUGAAUCCGCUCUGGGCGGAGCCUACAAGCAGCUGGUCCGAGCUCGCUUUACGCGUUCCUUCCUGGCCCAGAUCAUUGGCCUUAGGAUGAACUACAAGUACUUCGAGACAGACGACCAGGAGUUCUACAAAACUAAGGUCUGCUUUAUCCUAAACAAUGACGUGAGUGAAAUGGACCUGGUGUUUGCUGAGGAGAAGUACAAGUCAGGCCAGCUGGAAAAGGUGGUGGAGCUGAUUGCAGGAGGAGCCCAGAUCACCGUCACCAAUGACAACAAGAUUCAUUACCUUAACCUGCUCGCUCAGUACAGACUAGCCAGCCAGGUGCGGGAUGAGGUGGAACAUUUCCUGAAAGGUUUAAAUGAACUAGUUCCAGAGAAUCUGUUGGCCAUAUUUGACGAGAAUGAGUUGGAGUUGUUGAUGUGUGGAACGGGUAAUAUAAACGUGCAGGACUUCAAAGCCCAUGCUGUGAUUGUCGGAGGAUCAUGGCACUUCAGAGAGAAAGUCAUGAAGUGGUUCUGGGCGGUGGUGUCCAGUUUCACCCAGGAAGAGCUGGCUCGUCUGCUGCAGUUCACCACCGGCUCCUCUCAGCUUCCCCCUGGAGGAUUCAACACACUCUGCCCCUCAUUCCAGAUCAUUGCAGCCCCUACACACAGCACAUUGCCCACUGCACACACCUGUUUUAACCAGCUGUGCCUCCCUACCUACGACUCCUACGAGGAGCUGCACAAGAUGCUGAAGCUGGCCAUCAGCGAGGGCAGCGAAGGCUUCGGUAUGCUCUGACUCCUCCAUCACUGUGGCUCCACUCAUUCACAUGAAGACCAGCACUGCUUCACUGCCCCGGUUUCCUGCAUUCAUUACCAUCCAACAGCCCCAACAUCUCAGCGGUCCCAGUGUGUCUCCGUCAGGAGGAGAGAGAUAUUCAGGAAGUCCUGUUAAACUGAGGGGAAAAAACUGUGGCUUCAGUCAUAUGAACCCUGUUGCUACUUACUCUAUGUAUAUACAAUUGAAUUUAGAAAUAGAAACUGGGGGAAAUCGGUGAGAUUGGGAAUAGUUUUAUUUCUGCUUCCCAGAGUUUGCUUAGCUUUAUGCGCUUUGAAAGACAUGAUACAGGAACAAAGGCCUUGAGUUUUAUUGUAUAAUAACUGCUUCUUUUGCAUUUUGCAAACAGAGGAACACUUUAAGUGCAACAGCAGCCUCUACAUGCUGUGGGUUAUUCAUCUGCAGCACUUUGGCCUUAAUCGAUCAGGGACUGAUAUGUGUUUUAUGUAAAUAUAUGAGCUCAUUCUUUUAAUUCAGAACCUGUACAGAGUAAUGUGUGUGUAUAGACAUUUUCUUUUGAUGUGUCAUUUAAGGAGAAGGGAUUUAAUUGUUGCUGCAUGUAUGCUAGAAUUGUAUAUUUUUUGUUUGUUUUACUUGCUUGCUGGAUGUGAAGGAGUUUUAAAGGAAGCCAAGUAGUUUCUAUUUUCUGUUUUUACCUUUUUGAGUUUUGGGAGAGUAGUUUGUUGACCCAUGUUUAACAACCUGCCUUAUCCAGUCCCUUUGCCUCUGAUUGUAACCAGACAGUUGUUCUGGUGAGGGAAACAUAUGUGACAGUAACAAAAUAUGAAUGAAGGAAGUUUUUGUCCAAUCCCUAAGUAAGAUUUAUUUGAUUUUUUUUUCUUUGUAAGUCACUGUCUUUCAUGUGUUUACCUCAGGAUGUCCUCUGACACCUAUGCAUUAACUGCUCCGCAAGUUUCCACCCUCACUUUAACACUUGUAGCCAUUUAUUUUUGCAUUCUGGUUAAUUUGUUGGAAAGCUUUGUACUUUUGGGGAGUAUAUGUUGUUGUUUUUUUUGUUAAGUUAUUGUGAAACUAUUUAUUUUAAUGCUUUGAGAGUUGUCGGUACUCUGAGCCAAUGGAUGUUAUUGGUUUGAUUUUUCUGUGCGUAGUUGUUGCAUUUGUUGCUGUUAAAGAGUUUACAUUAUCAUUAGUCAUUUUUGUAAUAAUAUGCCUGCAAGGGUGUUUGUACUGCAUUAAGUCCACUGAGGAUUUUUUUUUAAUUUCAAUAUUUUUAAUGUUGUGCAUAAUUCCCACAUACAGACUAAUGAAGUUUUACUCUUUGUUGGCUCUGAAUUCAGUUUUUCUUCUGAGAGAUUGAGCUUUUCAGAUGGCAAAGACAGAGUAAUUUUUUUAUUUUUAUUUUUUUAGCUGGACUUUUGAAACAAUAUUUACAGAUUUGUUCUUCUUUGGGUUGUGCAAUGUUUAGAAGAGAGGUGAGAACUGAAAUGUGAAUAUUUAAACAGGGCAACAUUUCAGUAUGAACACCGAUGGCUGAAAACAUUUCUUUGUAUGGAAACGAGAGGUUUAAGCAUUACUCGUGUCAUAUGAAGCUACUGAACAACAGUGAACAAGGUUUGCUUUGUUGUUUUUAAUAUUUUUGUUUAUGGUUUAACUUUUCUAGUGAAUAUAAUGCUUGAAUGGGCUUCUGGGUGAGAUGGCCUGAGAGUGACUUGUACUGAUGUAUAUAUUGUGAAUUUGGGGUGUACUACUUCUGUUUUUCCUUUUCUAAGACAAGCCUCUGCGGAUGAAUGUUCAAAGAUUGUCUGGACAACAGGUCCCUCAUGUAUUGAAAUAAAAAUAUUGGGAUAAAUUAA